CAAUUUUUCACAUCUAUAAAAUAGGGUUACCGCCGCCAAAUGAACUCACUCUUUCGCCAUUACUGUUUGCUCCUUCCUCUUCGUCGCCGACGCUUAUUAGGGUUUCCAUGGCGUUGCCGAAUCAGCAAACCGUCGAUUACCCUAGCUUCAAGCUCGUGCUCGUCGGUGAUGGUGGAACCGGCAAAACCACAUUUGUUAAGAGGCAUCUCACCGGUGAAUUCGAGAAGAAGUACGAGCCUACUAUUGGAGUUGAAGUUCAUCCAUUGGAUUUCUUCACUAAUUGUGGGAAGAUUCGGUUCUACUGCUGGGACACGGCUGGCCAGGAGAAGUUUGGUGGUCUUAGGGAUGGAUACUAUAUUCACGGUCAGUGUGCUAUCAUCAUGUUUGACGUAACUGCGAGGUUGACGUACAAGAACGUCCCGACAUGGCAUCGGGAUUUGUGCAGGGUUUGCGAGAACAUCCCUAUUGUGCUUUGUGGAAACAAGGUUGAUGUGAAGAACAGGCAGGUGAAAGCGAAACAAGUCACCUUCCACAGGAAGAAGAACCUGCAAUACUACGAGAUCUCUGCGAAGAGCAAUUACAACUUUGAGAAGCCCUUCCUUUAUCUUGCCAGAAAACUUGCUGGUGAUCCGAGCCUUCACUUUGUCGAAUCCCCUGCUCUCGCUCCUCCCGAGGUGCAAAUCGAUUUGGCUGCUCAGCAACAGCAUGAGGCGGAACUUGCGGCAGCCGCUGCUCAACCUCUUCCUGAUGACGAAGACGAUAUAUUCGAUUAGAUGUUCAUCACCUACUUCUAGUCUGCAGCAUAGUAAGGUUUUCUAAGAGUCAUAUAUAUAUAUAUAUAUAUAUAUAUAUAUAUAUAUAUAUAUAUAUAUAUAUAUAUAUAUAUAUAUAUAUCGGUUCUUUUCUUUUCUGAUGGAGAGCUUCUGCUCUUCCUGUCAAUUUUCAUUGGGCGAAAUAGAUCAAAUUUCUUUUAAAAUGUCAAAUGUUAUGCGCGGUUUAUGUGGUUUGAUCCCCAAGAUUUGUUUGCUUUCUCUUUCUCUCUCUGAUCUGCUGAUAUUCGAGUUAGGUAAUCCCUCCUGUUAAGAAGACGAAAUCUUAUGUUAGGCUACCGAUGAAUCCAACUAUGUAUGGCUAUCUUUCUUUUCCUUCUUCGGAUGAAAAUAUGUACCCAGACUUUGAACUCGAUGCUUUGUUCGGGGUUGCGGCCAGCGGAACGCAAAUUUCUGCUAUGUUCUGUUUGUUUCUGGAUCGAA